AAAAAGUUACUGUUGCUACCCGCACCAGGAAGAGAAGGGGGAUUUAAAAACCUGGCUGAGAAAAAUGAGAAAGGUAGCGGUUGGCUAAUAAUGGGGCCCCGACAUAGUUAGCCAACUGAUAAUAAUCAUGGGAGGAUGUGUUGGGAGAGAACGUGAGGACACACAGGGCCACGGAUCGUCCAGAAGCAGUGGAAGGGCACACCGAAAACGUGGAAGUCGCAAUGAGCCCCUGAAGAAGGACAAGCCCAAGUGGAAGAGUGACUAUCCCAUGACGGAGGGCCAGCUCCGCAGUAAGAGGGAUGAGUUCUGGGACACAGCCCCGGCCUUCGAGGGCCGAAAGGAGAUCUGGGACGCUCUGAAGGCAGCCACCGUCGCCCUGGAGUGCAACGACCACGAGCUGGCCCAGGCCAUAGUGGACGGAGCCAGCAUAACACUGCCUCACGGCUCCCUGACAGAGUGUUAUGAUGAGCUGGGUAGCCGCUACCAGCUGCCCGUCUACUGCCUGGCCCCGCCGGUCAAUCUGAUCUCCGAGCGCAGCGACGAGGACCCCGGCGACAGCCCCGAGCCCACAGCGGCCCCCAAGAAGGAGUUCCAGCUCAAGGUGCGCCUCUCCACGGGCAAGGACCUGCGCCUCAGCGCCAGCAUGGCCGAUUCCAUCGGGCAGCUGAAGAAGCAGCUUCAGGCCCAGGAAGACAUCGACACGGCCCACCAGCGCUGGUUCUUCUCAGGCAAGCUGCUCACGGACAAGACCCGCCUGCAGGACACUAAGAUCCAGAAGGACUUUGUCAUCCAGGUCAUCGUCAACCCGCAGGCCCCCAUUAACUAGGUCCCAGAUGAAAGGAGGAUCGACGGAGGAGCCCUGGAUAAUGGUUUUACCGCUGAUCUGUAAAACAGAGAGGUGAUUUGGGGAAUUACGGUUAAUUGAUGAACAACAGAAGGGAGAGACUCUGAAGUGCUGCUUUUCAAUGUUUCAUUGUUUACCAUUAAAGAGUGUGGUUCUUUUCAGUGUGUCACUUCUCUAUAGGACGGUUGGUCGAUCGAUCCAGACGUUUCAGACCAGACCACUCUCCCGAAGGGGUGUUUUCUGUCACUCACCACACUAACUUUGAAGUAAAUCAUAGUAGAAUUGCCCCCCCAGACGUGAGACAUUGCAGGCGUGCACCGCACGGCACGUGCAAGGGGUCUGCUUCGGCACUAACCAAGUGCCAAUUGAAAUCGCAGAAUCUUUUACAUAGUUUGUAAAGCACAUCUUUUUCUGUCCCUGGUCUCUACUCUGGUACCCUGUAAUGGAUACUUCCCACGAUCCUCCCUCAAGUGAUAUACAAAACUUUUUCUCUCAUUGUUUUCUUUCUUUUUUUGGGUUAAUCUCAAACAAAGCUUUUUUGCACAGUUGAUUUGUACUUGCGUGGAAGUUUGUGUGCCUUCAAGGAAGAAAACUAAACAGAAUCCUGCUUUUUUUACUGCUAAAGCCUUCUGUCUCUAGAUUCAGGAAAAAUCGUUUCAUAGAUCUAUACAAAUCCUAAAUCUACUGCUGCAUUUCUCGAUCAGCUGUCUCUGUCAGUUAUUGCAUUUCAAAUGUACCACUGGUGUUUCCAUGGAUGUUAGCCCCAUGUUGUCCCUAAUGGUUGUAUGCGCCCCCCCACGCUCCUAUUGUCAAUGUACCGUAAAGUGACAAUGAUUAGAGAGCCUAGCCCUUGUAUGCUGUGCCACAUUACAAUCCUUAGGUGAAAUGGGAAGCUCAAGCUACAGUGAAGAUGAUAGGAGAACGUCUCUCUGUUUGAGUAUAUAGUCAUGGAAGAGGAACAGUGGUUUUCUGGCUGUCUUGGGUGGCACCUCGCUGCACAUGAGGUGCUCCUUUACCCUUUACGUCAGUCCUUUGAUUUUCCAUCUCUCUCUAAGCGCUUGUGCCUCUUUCUUUUAUGGCCUCAUCAAAAGAACAUAAACAAGAUACUCAGUGGUGGAUGGUUAAGCUGGAGGUGGGAAGACUUGUUACCAGGCUAUUGUCAUCAUAGUUAUGCUGUCAUUUAAAGGGAUAUUUUGGCAAUGAGGCAAUUUAUCUACUUCCCCAGUGUCGGAUGAACACGUGGAUACUAUUUUUAUGCCUUUGUGUUUUAGAAUGAAGAAAGUCAAAGGUAGUUUCACAAGCCAAUGCUAACUAGUGUUAGCGCACUGACUGGAAGUCUAUGGGUAUCUGCUAGCAUGCUAUGCCCUUUAAGGAUUUUAGGUUUGUUGUCUGUAUAGGCAUUUGAACUUUUAUCCAACUUUAGCUCAAACAGUUGAUCAAUGACUGUGCUGGGAAUAUAUUUGUUGACCUUUAUGCAAACUUGAGUAUUUCUCUCAACUUACAAUGUAUGUGCAAUACAAAAUAGACCUCGUACCUUUUGAUUCUCCCCUUAUUUCAUAUAUACAGUAGCAUUAGCUAUGACUAUGUAAAGGUUCUCAGAAACACAACAUAGGAGCCUGCUAUGUUCAGAUUGCUUUGUUGUACAAUCAACCUUUGACCUUGUUCAGAGUUUCAUAUUGCCUUCAUCUCUGUUUUGAAAUGUUGUCCCAUCUAUAAAAGUGUUCAAAUGGCCACUUCUUUCUUUUAAUGGGAUGUCAUCACUAUAACAAUCAUGUACCUUGCGUGAAUUGGCUUGGCCCUUGUCCCCCCCCCCCACUUUGUGUGAAGGUUAGCACAGCCAUUUGGGCUCAGAAAAAUACCUAACUUUGUAAUAGAGCCUCUUUUUACAGUCUCCCACCUCUUCUGUGUAUAACAGCAGAGACCCAUGCUCUGUUAGCUGUGUUGCUACAUCUUGUCUCAAUCCUUCCUUGCAGAAUGUGGCUCAAAUGUUUGCUUCAUCUAGGUUCAUUUAGUGCUAUGAGAGGUAACAAGAUACGUCGGUCUAACAUCAAUGUACAAUCCCUAUACCAGACAGCACAAAAAUAGAAACCUCAAUGUAAUCUAUGUGAGGGAGCUGCACGAUGUUGCCAGUAAAUACAAAUCUGAUGCCACAGAGCAAUGACAUCACACAAGGGCCGUGGUUCGAUCCAGGCCAGGGGAGCAGGGGAGAGAGAGCGACUUCUCUGCUCUUCCUUCAGUUUUCUGAGGCCUGUGAACCUCCCAUCACAAUAGUUGGGAGAGAUUUCAACAAUUGUCUAGGAAAGAUCCCUUAUGCAGGCAAUUAAUCAGACACGCUUUCUGUUUUAGUAAGAAUGUACAAGUAUGUUUUGUAUGCAUGAUACGUGUUUGAUCAUAUGGGGGUCAGAUCAGGAGUUUCAUUUGUAUGUUUCUGUAAUGUCCUAAGUCAUAUAUUAGUCAUGGUACACAGGUGGACUCAGUCAUGCAGUAGACUAAAGCUGGUAAUAUGGCCAUGGAUAUUUAUUUUAGUUAUUUUGUGGGUUACUUUAGGAAACCAUGUACACUGCUUUAUGUUCCUCUCGGACCUCGGAUACCAAUAAGCCAUUGCAUUUUAAUCAAGCAUUUUCACCAGGGUGGAUCAAGAGGCCUUGCUCAAAGCAGAAACAUGCAAAUUGUGUUUUUGUUGAUGUCCACAAGGAUGUAUAAAGACAUGUAUAUUUAGUCAUUUGGAAAAAAUAUAAGUGAUUAUUAUAUAUGAGAUUUCUGAUAAUUAAAAAUGCUUACAACAACUCA